AUGUCUGGAUAUCCAUAUGGUGGCAACCCACCUCAAUAUCCUCCACCUCAAAAUCAAAUCUACCCACAAAUUUACAACCAAGCAAAUGCCUCACCUGUCCAGGCAAUCCCUGGAUAUCCAAGCGGGCAAAAUCCUCAAUUCCCAUACCAGCCUGGUUUUGUAGUCUAUCCCACGCAACCUCUGCCAGGACAAUUGCCGCCUGCAGCAAUGUCCUAUCCCGGAGCACCAGCAGCACCUCCAAAUUACGGCUACCAAGGAUUCCCGAAUGUUGCUCCUCAACCAUCAUAUGAGCCUGUAGUGGAAUGGAUUCCAACAACUCCGAAUGAGGCCCAUGUGUUUGGUAACCGAGCAGUUGUUGCUGGCUAUGAGGGUUAUGACCAUAGUCCUCUAUGGGUGAUAAGGGCGAGAUUUGAAGGUGAUCUAAUACCUGGUAAACUUGCAAUCCAGCACAAGGCCGCUUAUGUACCAUGGGGUGGCACUGAAAAUGCUGUUCAUAAUAUUGAGGUGCUAUGUGCUCGUCCAGAAUGCAUCCGUUGGGUUGAUUGCUGUGAAAAUUCAAUACCUCCAAAUGCUAUAGUUGCUGGAAAUACUUCUGAAGGUGAACCCUUGUAUGUGGGACGCGCCAGGGAACAGGGAUCACUUACACCAGGAAAGGUCCACCCAAGCCACAGAGCUAUGUAUGUUUCAUUCGCCGGAAAAGAGAUUUCUCAUAAGAACUAUGAAAUACUAUGCACUGUUUAG